AUGCCGACUGGUGCAUCCAUUGCCGUCGGUUGGAACCGAUUUGGACAGGGGUCGCUCGCGCUCGCGUUGAAAGGAUACGUGCAUGUCGGCCAAGUGGACGUUGUGGCUAAAAGGGCGCUGACCAAUUUGUUUGCACUCCAAGGACUGCCCACGAUCAUAUUGGUCGAUCGAGGCAAGAUGACCAAGUAUAAGGCCAAGCGGCAAUUGGCCGCCAUCACUGCGUUUGCGCGGGCCGACGCACAAGAUGCAGCGGAACCCCUUCCAACAUGGAACGACGUCUCAGACGACGCAAACAAGAAUAAAUCCGCAGGGGCUGGCGGUGAUUACUACCGACGCCAACGUUUACAACGGUUGCUUCUCCUCCUCCAAGACCCGUUGCCGUGGCUCGUGGUGGGGUGUGCUUCCCCUCUGUCGCAUAUCAUACACGAACGGCCAUUUUCGUCGCAUCGAAGAGGUAUCUAUCUGUACACGUACACGGGCGAGUGGGCCACGGAUGACGUGAUUGCAUUUGCCGCUGGCGGGUUCCAACGCUCUCAACCCAUGACGGCAUGGCAUAAUCUCCGUCGUCGAGUCCUCACCAACAUCGCCAUCGUUGUUCAGCUGCAUGACGACAUGUUUGAAACUAUCGCCUCAACCACCACCACCACCCACAACGACACAUGGCUCAUUGCAUUGCCACGAUGGACGUAUCGACGACGGCAUUCCAAGCUCGUUUAG